AUGGGCAGCGGCGGUGUGGUCCACUGUAGGUGUGCCAAGUGCUUCUAUUACCCUACGAAGAGGAGAAUAAGAAAGAGACCCCGAAACCUAACCAUCUUGAGUCUCCCUGAAGAUGUGCUCUUCCACAUCCUGAAGCGGCUUCCUGUUGGGGACAUCCUCUCAGUCAGAGCUGUACAUUCCCACCUGAAGUACCUGAUAGACAAUCACGCAAGUGUGUGGGCCUGUGCCAGCUUCCAAGAGCUGUGGCCUUCUCCAGAGAACCUCGAGCUGUUUGAAAGGGCUGCUGAGAAGGGGAACUUUGAAGCUGCUGUGAAGCUGGGCAUAGCCUACCUCUACAACGAAGGCCUGUCCGUGUCCGAUGAGGCCCGAGCGGAAGUGAAUGGGCUGAAGGCCUCCUACUACUUCAGCUUGGCCGAGCGCCUCAACACGGGUGCCGCUCCCUUCAUCUGGCUCUUCAUCCGCCCGCCCUGGUCAGCCUCCGGGAGCUGCUGUAAGGCUGUGGUUCACGGCAGCCUCCAUGCUGAGUGCCAGCUGCAGAGGGCUCACCAAGCUUCCAUCCUGCACUGUCUGGGGAGAGUGCUGAGUCUUUUCGAGGAUGAAGAGAAGCAGCAGCAGGCCAUCGCCCUAUUCCAGGAAUCUGCCCGCCAAGGCUGUUUGCCCAGCGCCUACCUGCUCUGGGAGCGAGACCAGAGAAUGGAGGUGUCUGACCCUGGAAGGUUCCUGCACAGCUUCCGGACACUCAGGGACUACGCUGCCAAAGGCUGCUGGGAAGCACAGUUGUCCCUGGCCAAAGCCUGUGCCCACGGGAACCAGCUUGGCCUGGAUGAGAAAGCUAGCAAUGAGAUUGUCUGUCAGCUCUUCCAGACGUCCCGUGCCACCAGCAAGCAGCGCAUCUUCUCGGUGCAGAAGGGGCUCAACGACACCAUGAGGUACAUCCUCAUCGACUGGCUGGUGGAGGUGGCCACCAUGAAGGACUUUACCAGCUUGUGCCUGCACCUGACCGUGGAGUGUGUGGACCGCUACCUGCGCCAGCGGCCUGUACCCAGGCACCAGCUGCAGCUGCUAGGCAUCGCCUGCAUGGUCAUCUGCACCCGCUUCAUCAGCAGAGAAAUCCUGACCAUCCGCGAGGCCGUGUGGCUCACAGACAACACGUACAAGUACGAGGACCUGGUGCGGAUGAUGGGGUGGAGAACACAGCACCUGUGCAGCCUGCUCUGUGAGCUCUCCCUGCUCCACACCAGCCUCUCAGCCUACUCCCCAGCCCUCCUGGCUGCUGCUGCCCUCCUCCUGGCCCAGCUUAUGCAUGGACAGACACAAGCCUGGACCCCUCGACUUUGGGACCUCACCGGCUUCUCUCACAAGGACCUGGUACCUUGUGCCCUGAGCCUUCACAAAAAGUGCUUCCAUGAUGACGCCCCCAAAGACCACAGGCAGGUCUCACUGACAGCCGUGAAGCAACGAUUCGAGGACAAGCGCUACGAGAGCAUCAGCCAUGAUGAGGUGAUUAGCUACAGCCAGCUGUGCACUUUGCUGGGUGUGAAGCAGGAGGACCCAGAACCUACGCCUUUUCUCAGCACAGGCGAGAUCCACACCUUCCUCAGCUCUCCCUCAGGAAGGAGGACCAAACGGAAACGAGAGAACAGUGUGCAGGAGGAUCGUGGCAGCUUUGUGACCACCCCCACGGCUGAGCUCUCCAGCCAGGAGGAGACACUGCUGAGCAGCUUCCUAGACUGGAGCCUGGACUACUGCUCUGGCUACGAGGGUGACCAGGAGAGCGAGGGCGAGAAGGAGGGCGAUGUGACAGCCCCCAGCGGCAUACUCAAUGUUACCGUGGUGUACCUGAACCCAGAGGAGCAUUGCUGCCAGGAAUCCAGUGACGAGGAGGAGCCCUGCCCAGAGGAGGUGACAUCUCAGCACCUGCUCACAGCCUUGCCUAGCUCCCAGACCCCACAGAUGCCAGGCCCUGAGCCCCCUGCCUACAGCAAGCAGGGGCCAGCCAGGGACACUACCACCACUGGCUACUCCUCCAUAAACAGCAGUACCAGUCCCACCAGCUCAGGUGGGACUGGUGGCCCACUGCGACCUACCUCAGCACCAUGCCCAGGCAGUGACUGGAAGCCAAACCGCCAUCAAACAACGGAGUCAUGUUUACAGGGCUGCACCCCAGUGCCCCCAGAGAACAGUUGGCCCCACCGACAGGCCAAGCGGAAGCACACGGACGAGCACAACAGCGGGGCUGGGGCCCUGGCCUUCCUGGCGCUGUGA